UUUGCUCUUUAUAAUUUUCUAAUUCUUUUGUAAUAUAUAUAUAUAUAUAUAUUUAUAUAUACAUAUAUGUAUCGGCAUUGCAAAGUGAUAUAAGAAAAACAACUGCAUGCGUGAAAUUGAUAUAUAUGUAUGUGUGUGUGAGUGUGUGGAAUACUAGAAUAUAAGUACAAAAUGGAUGCAAGCAGCGAUGAGACGCUCAGCGCACAACUACAACAGCAACAACAACAGCAAUACUACGAGCACAGUUGGAAGACGGCCAAUCAUGGAAAUUCCUUAUCAGACAGCAGGGAUUAUGAUACAAACUCGACGCGCACAUCGUUAACUGGUUCACCACCAAUGACUGCGUCAUCGCUGCAGCUGGACUUUAAUGGAUUUGAGGACAAAGCAUUGUUAGCAUCUUUGUUAACGCCCAAAUUGGAAACCGAUGGCAGCAACAGCAGUAGCAACGGCAGCAUUUAUGGCGGCAACAGUCAGACAACGACUGGGGAGCAACAGGUGCUGCAACCAUUAGGCUUAAGUUUAACACUUGAGGCGGACGAUAAUGUUGAUGAUGAUGAGCUAACGACAGGGACGACAACAACAUACACGUUAUACGGUGCGCCAUCAGCGACACCGCUACAGGAAAUGCAAGCACAGACCCAGACCUUAAAAAUGGACGAGGACGUCGACGACGAUGACAACGACGGAGACGAGGUGUUUACACUGCGACCGUUGACAACUGCACCCCUGUUGCUAACCAGCACAAACAUGCACACAAACACAGACACCACAUCCUCGCCCACAUCCCAUAUUUCAUCAUCAAUGCACACAACAACAACAACGUCGUCGAUGCCAUUAAUAGCAACAAUGGGCACUUAUAAUCUGGAUGACAUUUGUUUUACGCUGGAAUAUCAGUUUCAAAAUCAAAAGCUUGUUCAGGUGCAGCCACCGACAGUGGUAUCCUUCAGCAUGGUGCCAGCCAACGAUGAGGAAGAUCCAACAAAAACAUCAGCAACAACAUCAGAGAUGCAAAACAACAACAGCUGUUCAACCCCAUCUCCACCUACUACUACUACUACAACUGCAUAUUUUACACUUGGGACGAGGUACUAUAAUAUCGAAGAGCAGAAUGAGCCAGAUGAGGACGAUGAGCUGGCUCACUGCAUCCACCCCGGCGCCCUGCACAAGGACACCGAAGAAGAUCAACUGAUGGCGAUGGCGUACGAGAGUUCCGACGAAGCUCUCAGCCGUUAUAAAUGCAACUAUGAGAACUGUUAUCGCAGCUACAGCACAAUUGGUAAUCUGCGAACGCAUUUAAAAACCCACACAGGUGACUAUAGCUUCAAGUGCACGGAGGAGGGCUGCAACAAGGCAUUUCUCACAUCCUACAGCCUGAAGAUCCAUGUUCGUGUUCACACCAAGGUGAAGCCCUACGAGUGUGAAGUGAGUGGCUGUGAUAAGGCGUUCAACACGCGCUACAGAUUACACGCCCACCUUCGUCUGCACAAUGGCGAGACGUUCAAUUGUGAAAUGUGCCAGAAGUGCUUCACUACGCUCAGUGAUCUGAAGAAGCAUAUGCGCACCCACACACAGGAGCGUCCCUACAAGUGUCCCGAGGACGAUUGCGGUAAAGCGUUUACGGCCUCCCAUCACUUAAAGACGCAUAGACGCACGCACACCGGCGAGAAACCGUAUCCAUGCCAGGAGGACAGUUGUCAGAAGUCGUUUAGCACGUCGCACAGUUUGAAGUCGCACAAGAAGACGCAUCAGCGGCAGCUGCUUAACAAGGGCAAAAAGAAGACGAAACGUGCACAGAAAACGCAACGCCAGGAGCAGGAAGACGACGAGCAGCAAGAGACGCAACCAGAAGAAGGGGAACAUCUCGAAGAGGAAUUGGAGUUGGAGCCAGUGCAAACGGACAUGGUGCUGCUAAAUCCCAGCAGUCAUUCGUCGGAGACGACGAGCAAUGACAGCGGCGUUGUGUUGCAGCAAUUGUCCAAUGUUUUCAUGUUGCCCGAGACAUCGCAAGCGUAUCCCGUGUCCUAUGCCGCCGAGGAGGAGAUACCCAGUCCCUGGAUUGAUGCUGGUGUCCUGGUGUCCAAGCCCAUCAUGGCCAUGGCACCGUUGACCGAUGCCUGCGUUGUCUUGCCCACCGAGAUGCCUAGUUUUGUGGAUCUAAAGCAAAGCUUUGGCAAUGCCAUUGCCGGCAACAUGGAUGAUCUAACGCUAUCGUUGCCAACGCCAACGCUGGACAUUGAAAUGAACAAUGCCCCAGCUGCAACUACAGAGCAAUCAAAUGCUUUACCCACGCUGGAGUUGAAUCAGCAGAAUAUUGAGGAACUGCUCAAGGACGACAGCUUUGACAACGAUGAGGACAUGGAAACGGAAUCGCUGCUCAACGAUAUACUCAUGACCAUUGAUAAUAACAGUGCGCUGCUGCAGGAGACACUGCAGCAGGCGGCCCAGGUGCCCAGCGAUGCCUCUGGCCUCGUGGAGCUGGACAUUCGAGACAAUAAGCCAACGUUGAAGCAGAUCACAGCAGAUGCGGGCAUCUGCAAUUGCACCAAUUGCAAGUGUGAUCAGACCAAGAGUUGCCAUGGCGGUGAUUGUUCCGCCGCCGGGAAGCCGCCGGUUAAUAUUAAGCCCACCACAACGAUUACAACGCUGGCCAGCUCUAACGGCAGCGGCAGCGGUAAACGCAUCUGCGGCAGCAGCAACAGCAGCAAAAAAGUGAGUAAACGCGAAGCGGAAAUGAACCAAAACAUCGAGGAUGUUGCUUUGCUCCUGCAGAAUCUGGCUUCCAUGAGUGGCGGACAAGCAGCUGGCAAAGUUGGCGGCGGCAACGGCGGUGGCGGAUGCUGUGGUGGCGGCGCUGCCAAGCCUGUGGCAGCCACAACUGGCGGCGGCUGUGGCUGCGCUUCGAGUGCACCGAAACCUGCACCGGCAAGUGGUGGUGGCUGCUGUAGUCCAGCUCCGACUGCAGGCGGCUGUUGCUCAGGCAACAAGCCAGCAACUGCUGCACCAGCUGGCGGUUGUGGCUGUGGUCCAGUUGCACCAUCUGUUGCUCCGCCAGCUGGCGGCUGCUGUGCGCCAGCUGCAGCUCCGCCCGUUGCUGCCAGUGGCUGCUGCUCCAGUAAAGCGUCAACGCCAUCGUUGCCGCCGGCCAGCGACGCCGUGAAGAGCAACGCCUGCACCUGCAAGAGUCCAGCGGAGGGCGUGGCCAACGGCUGCUGUGUCGUCAUCUGCAUGAAAACGCUGCAAGCCUUACGCAAGGUGCUGACACGCCGCAACCUCAACCUAAUGCUUUGCCCGCAGCAGAGCUAACCAAAUCAACCAUCAUAAUCCAGCAGCGACAACACGAAAAUCCAGCAGAGCAACUGUUAUCAAUCAAUCAUAAUAAGCCCAAAAUCAAAAAGCCAAAGUAUUGUUUAUUGUGCCUGUGACAACGAAAGUAUUCCAUGUUAAAAAAAAUGUUUUGUUAUUUGUUAUACAACAUAUACAUGAAUUAAUAAUGAUAAUGAUUGUUGAUGCCGCAUUAGCAACAAAGCUACAGGCUUAACCCAUUUUGUUUUCAGCCGCCUUAACAAAAAGUAUAAUACAUGAUAAUAACAGCCAAGAUAAUCGAGUAAAGAAACCCGCUACCCAUGCAAAGAAAAACAUUUUAUAAUACAAAAUAUUUAUAUAAUCCAAUGGUAAACGUUUGCAUUUUGAAAACUUGAGCUGCAUAUCAAAAAUCGAAGCUUUAAUUCUUAAAGUCCCUGGGAUAUUUGUGUUUGUGCAAACGGGACAGACAGACGGACGCAAUAGAAGUUUCAGCCUCUGGGUAUCGGGUAUCAUAAUAAAAAAUGAUUAAUUUGAAUACAUCAAAAACUGCUUUCGUCUAAUGCUUAAACAAUUUGUAACACAAUGUUUUUGUUUUUAAUGCUUUAUGUUUAUAUAAUAUCUAUAUAUAUUCUAUAUAAUAUUGGAAUUUGUAUAAAGUCGAAUAAAAAUACAAACUAAACA